UUUAGCAAAUGCUUCGUAAACAAAACACAAACGUCUUUCACGAAUGUUUUUCUCUUUUAUAAUUCUUCCUUCACUAUGUCUCUUCCCAUAAUUGACUUUGAGAGUUCCAGAGAAAAGGAGAAGAAAAGGCAACAGGAGAGAGAAGCGAGAAAUUAUAUUCUUGAGAAGGCCAAGAAUGAGUAUGAGGUCAGGAAAGCGAGGGAGGAGGUAGCCCGCCAGAGAGGGGAGCACAUGUGGAUGCUCUCAUCUGUGGAGGCGAACCUUGAUAGUUCCAAGAAGAAAAAGAAGAAAAAGGAGAAGAAGAAGAAGAAGAAAAAGAAAGAGAAGAAAUCCAAGAAGAGCAAGAAACAUGACUCAUCGUCCUCAAGCAGUAGCAGUGAAGAUGAAGAAGGCGCAUGGGUUGAAAAAUCAAAUCCCUCGGCUUCAUUUACCCCGUCAGUUAAGGAAACCACAGAACAGGAAUCGUCCGCAUCUCAGGGCAGGAGGGAUGGCUGGAUGGAGAUGACAUCGUUGUUUGGGACUUUCACCCGUGAUGAGAUGAGGGAGAGAGAGGGAACCUGUCGAAAGAAGGCCAAAGAAGAGGAAGAGGCAAGGAAGAGAGAAGCAAAUAAGCCUGGUUCACAUGCUCGAGAGCUGAACCCAUACUUCAAGAACGGUGGGACAGGUUUGCCUGAAGAAGAGCCGCAGCAAAAGGCUUCUGUUGGACUGGAUGCCGCUUGGCUGCGCAGAGCUCUCCAGCGCGCAAAGGAGCAAGCAGAGAAGGAAAAAAAGUCUUUGGAGGAGGUUGCAGCUCAGAGAUGGGGUUCCCUUGCCAAAUUCCAUGAGCUCUUAGCAGAAGCAGAAGGGCGAGGGAGGAGUCGCCAGGAGGAGCCAUGGCAACAGGGAAGACGGAAUCGAGACAGGAGUUUGAGCAGAGAAAGGAGGAGAGACAGACUGGAUGACAGGCACAGUGACCGAAGGAGGAGUAGAAGCAGAGAGAAGGGUAGAAGAGAUCAGAGGAGCAGAAGUAGGGAAAGACAAAGAAGGAGCAGGAGUAGAGAGAGACAAAGGCGGAGUAGAAGCAGAGAGAGAAGGAGAAGCAGAAGUAGAAGCAGAGACAGGCAAAGAAGAAGCAGAAGCAGAGAACAUGACAAGAGGAAAGAAAAGAGUAGACGUAGAAGAUAUAGCAGUAGCUCCAGCAGCACCGAUAGUGAAAGUGACAGCAGAAGCAGAAGUGGAAGUAGAAAUAGAGAAGAUAUGAGAAGACCUAAGGAGAGCCAAGAAGAUAGGGAAAGUGGAAUAAGGAAUAUCAAAGGUCUCUUAAAACCUCCAAGUGAUGAUUCUGUUCAUGGUAAACAUUCCACCAGUCUUGCUUCAAGGUUCCAGAAACCAGGGGAAGGAAACAGUUUUAGAAGUAUGGGCACAGCAUCAUCCAGCAGUUCUCGAGGUUGGCAGAAGAAACAAAAACCACAAGAGGAGAGUCAGAGGGAAAGAACUGCUAGUAGAAAGCCAGUUUCUUCUUCAUCGUCAUCCUCAUCUUCGAGCGAUUCUGAAGAGGAACCCCCACAAAGAGUUGAAAAUAUUCAAGAAAAAGAACAAGUAGAAGAAACUGUCACUGAAGGUCCAGCACCUCAAGCCAAAUUGUUGACGGACAAGGAAAUGAACGAGUUAGCAGCAAAAAUUAUGAAGGCAGAACUUAUUGGAAAUGAGCCGCAAGCAGCAAAACUCAAAAAGAAGCUGGAAGUAGCUCGUGCAGCCAGGGCCAGUGCCCCACAAGGAAGCAGGGAAGAUGACGAAGCCCAUACAAAGGAGGAGGUUGUUGUCCUGACGAGGAUGGAUGCCAGAGGUGUUUGUAGGCCCGUAUCAGGGUCAGUCGAAGAAGGUGACGGAAAGAGGAAAAAGAAGAUGAAAACUCACAACAAGGAUGGCCAGAGAACAAAAUAUUUCCCCGAUGACGAUCAGUAUGACCUCAAACGCAUGUUUGAGAAGGAGAAGGGUACCUCUGCUGCAGAUCAGAACUCGCUCUUUGAACGUUCAGCAAUGCAGAAUAGCGAGAAACUCAAUGAAGAGUAUGAUUUGGAUGACAUGUUUAUGAGUAAGGCUGUUCAAAAGGAGAGUUCUGCCAAACAAGCCGAAAGAGAUCGACAGAAGGCCAUUGAUGAGCACAAGCGUUCUGAGCGGUCGUUAGAAUCCUGCCAGUGGUGCUUUGACAAUAAGGAAAUGCCAAAGCAUUUGAUAGUAGCAUUAGGUAAAAAGGUAUAUGUCUGUUUGCCUCCCCACCAGUCUCUGACCCCCGGCCACUGCUUGAUUGUGCCAAUUCACCAUAUUGCUUGCUCUGUUCAAGCUGAUGAAGAUCUUUGGAGUGAAAUUCAGGACCUUAGGAAAUCUCUAGUCAGAAUGUUCAAUUCUCGGGACGAAGACUGCAUAUUCUUUGAGACAGUGAAACGGCUGAGAAAUUACCCACACAUGGUCAUCAACUGUGUGCCUCUGCCAAAAGAAACGGGUGAUAUGGCUCCCAUUUACUUUAAGAAAGCAAUUAUGGAGUGUGAAGCAGAGUGGGCACAAAACAAGAAAUUGGUUGACUUGAAGAACCGCAGCGUACGUUCAGCGGUGCCCAAAGGAUUGCCCUAUUUUUUUGUUGACUUUGCCAUGGAUCCUGGAUAUGCUCAUGUAAUUGAAGACGAGCAGGAUUUCCCGCAUAAUUUCGCUCAGGAAAUUGUUGGAGGGAUGUUAGACUUGGAGACUAACCUGUGGCGAAAACCACGCAAGGAGAAUUUCGAUCAACAGAGGAGGAAAGUAAUGGAGUUUAGUGGUUGGUACAAGGAAUUUGAUCCCACACAAGAUAAUUAAAUAUUUAUUGAUACAGUAUGUUUCUAUUUCUAUCACUAUUUUUCAGUGAUAAAACUUUUAUAAUAGGAGAAAUAAAAAUGGCUGAAU